CGCCCAGCGGGGAACGCGCUCCCCUCCCGCACCGCCCCUCGGGCCUGACGCGAGGGGCGGGCCCGGGGCGGGUCCGGGAGGCCCGGGGCGGGUCCGGGAGGCCCGGGGCGGGUCCGGGAGGCCCGGGGCGGGUCCGGGAGGCCCGGGGCGGGUCCGGGAGGCCCCGGGCGGCCCCGCCGUGCUGUGCCCGGCACGGGCGGCUGUGCCGGCGGCUCGGGGCGCUCCCCUCCGCUAUUCCAGCGGGGCGGCUCGCGCGGGAGGCGGCGCCAUGGGGCUGCACGGCGUCAAGGCGGUGUUCUUCGACCUGGACAACACGCUGGUGGACACGGCGGCGGCCGGGCGCCGCGCCAUCGAGGAGGUGAUCAGCGCCCUGCAGUCCAAGCACCACUACGGCGAGGGAGAGGCACGCGCCAUCUGCGACAAGGUCCAGGCCAAGCUUCUCAAGGAGUGCCACGAUCCCGCCAAGAUGUGCAUCACCGACCUGCGGAUCUCGCACUGGGAGGAGGCGAUCCAGGAGACCAUCGGGGGGGAGGCGAACCGCGACCUGGCGGCCGAGUGCUAUUACCUGUGGAAGACGACGCGGCUGCAGCACCUGACGCUGGCCGAGGACACGCGGGGGAUGCUCACGGAGCUGCGGAAGAGGGUUCGCCUGCUGCUCCUCACGAACGGCGACAGGCAGACGCAGAGGGAGAAGAUCGAGGCGUGCGCCUGCCAGCCCUACUUCGAUGCUAUCGUCGUAGGGGGAGAGCAGAAAGAAGAGAAACCGGCGCCAUCCAUAUUUCAUUACUGCUGCGAUCUCCUGGGGGUGCAGCCCGCAGAGUGUGUGAUGGUUGGUGACUCUCUAGAUACAGAUAUUCAAGGAGGCCUGAAUGCUGGCUUGAAAGCAACGGUCUGGUUAAACAAAGCAAUGACCACCCCGGUAGAUACCUCCCCAGUACCUCAUUAUAUUAUUUCUUCUGUUCUGGAUCUUCCAGCAGUUUUACAGAAGAUGGAGCACAACAUUAAUGCUAAGUUAGGAACUGACCAUAUGGCUAGUAGCAAUGAAGCACAUUGAUGGUUCCAGCAUACAGAGACCUGCUGAGCUGUUAGGUGACACAUGCUCUUUUAAAAAAUUUGACCCCGGGAGUUUGAACUCAUGUACGGAAUGCUCUUUUAAACAGCAGAUGCAUGAAUAAGAGCACAGUUGUCAGUGAAAACAGGAUAGAAACACAAAAUUAUAUUAGUUUUAAAAGAUGUAAGUGCAGUUAGUUUAAAACAACUGCCUCUGCCUGGAAAUUAUUUUGACAGACUGUGGUAAAAGUCUAUCUGUCUCUCACCUAAGUUACCAGUCUCUUGUUUUUAUAAUGGAAAAGGAAAUAUGAAUGUUUUGAGCUUUCACAUGCUUUGCUGACUUGUGAGUUUAGUAGAUGCUUCAGUACCGACCUUGUGUGCAGUGUGUAAGAGAAGGUGGGAAAGAGAGUGUGGUACAAUCUGGUGAAUUUUCACAAUUGAUCUGCAGUUUAUCUCAGGAACUGGAGUGAAUUUUGCUGUUUCUCAGACCAUUAGAAAAUGCUCUACUUUUGAUUUUUUUCAAGUUUUAGAUUUUUUUUUCAGACUUUGCAGUGACUUCGUUUAUGGAAUCAGUACCUCUUGCUAUAAGUACUUAAAUGUACAUUAAAAAUUGGCAUUUUUAUAGGGGACCUUUUAUCAGAAGGACUCGAUGGAUAAGCUUUUACUUUAUAUUAUCUUGGUGCUUAUGCAGCUAUGCAGUAUACUUGUGAUUCAGAUUAUGAUUUUUGUUGGAAUGUAAUUGAUAAAACAGGGAUAUUUUCAAUGAUCUUACUGUACUGUCAUACUCUUCAAAUGCUAAUAUUAUUGUUCUGUCUGAUUUUAUUAAUGAAUUUUGAUCAGACUUUUUGGAGAAGCUGUUCUUGGUCUUGCUCAGGUGUAUGACUACUCAGAUUCCACUGUAGGAUCAGUGCUUUUUUUGGACUGUUUUAAUGGCACUGCUAUAUAAUCCCUCCUUACUCCAGUUUCUACAUGUAAUUCGUGUGAUUUAUUCUGGAGAAAAUACGAGCUAGUUGUUUAUAAAUGGCUUUCAUGACUCUCUUCCAAGAAAUUGGAAAAUUAUGUCAUAUAUAUUACAGUACUGUGUACAACUUUAUAAGGUAUGUGUGAUAUUUCCUCUAGAUGCAGGAGAUGACUCUCUAAAACAGUAACAUUUCUCUUUCCCAGAUCAUUAUAUUAAUUUGUUUUUUCUGUACUUCAUAUUCUUACUAUAUAACGGGAAAGUAUUCUCAUAUUAAAUGGAAAUGUAAACACUUGUUGGAAAA